GAAAUUGGGCUGGGAUCAUUGUUCUGGAGAGAGUCACCUGAGUACAUUGAUGCAUGGUGAGAUCUGGACUGCCUUGGCUAUAUUAGGUCAUGACAUAACAUGCAUCGAAGCAUCUAGAUGUUUUGAUAUCUUCGUAGAAGAUAAGACUACUCCACUUCUUCCUCCUGAUAUAAGAAAGGCAACAUAUACUGCAGUAAUGCAAAGUGUUACAACAACAAAUAGGUAUGGGCUUGAAUCACUUAUAAAAGUUUACAGGGAGACUGAUAUAGGACAGGAGAAGGUGCCAUGGCAUCUUGUCCAGAUCCUAAUAUUGUUCUCAAAACUCUGAAUUUUCUGCUGUCCUCUGAGGUUCGUGAUCGAGAUGUAAUUUAUGCACUUGCUGGAAUAAGUUCUGAGGGCAGUGAAACAGCAUGGAGUUGGCUGAAAGUGAAUUGGGAGCAUAUAUCAGACAGAUGGGGACAUCACAUUCUACUAACUCAUUUCAUCCGUGACAUUGUUACUGAGUUCUUUGCUGAUGAGAAAGCCCAUGAAAUUGAAGAAUUUUUCCUAAGCCGCACAAAGCCUUCGAUUGCUGGGACUAUGAAGCAGAGCAUAGAGCAAGUUCGAAUCAAUGCAAAGUGGAGAUCGAAUAUAGAAAGCGAGCAAAACCUUGAAGAAUUAAUUAUGAAAUUAGCUCAAAAGACCAGUGGCACAGGUGAAUGAACCAUAUAAGGCUAAACCUCAUGAACGUUCGCAUAUUGUAUGCUCUGAAGCAUGUAAAGGGAAACUCGUUUUUCCUAUCUAAUGCUGCCAGAUCAUGUUCAGAGCUAUGUACACGUGUGCCAAGAUUAGUUGUCUAAGUCCGCUAUGGAAAAAUGAAGAAACUUAGCUUGAA